GGCAGACACUAAAAAAUAAAGACCAAUUUAUUGCGCGCCUUCACUCCAACAACUUCGAAUGCCUCGUUACAUCGACUCGGUGAUUAUUAUAUUUAUCAUUCGUUUAUCGGUGAAAUGAGAUACAUUGUGGCACUUGACGUGGGAACCACAACCCUUCGAGCUCAUGUUUUCGAUGAGAAUGCUGUCACUGUUGGAACUUUUGUACAGAAGGUCGAGUUGAUUUAUCCGAAACCUGCUUUCGUGGAGAUCGAUCCUGAUCAACUUUGGAGUGCAAUUCUUCGGGUGUUAAAAGGGGCUGUUGAUGCAAGUGGAAUCAGCGCAAAAUGUAUCGCUUGCCUCGGAAUUUCUACACAACGCGGCAGUUUGAUAUCAUGGAAUUUAGAAACUGGAAGGCAUUACCACAGAUUCAUAACGUGGAAGGACUUGCGAGCAGACUCGAUGGUACGGGAGUGGAAUUCAUCAUUGACGAUGAAAUCUCUCCGAAUGGGAUCACAUAUACUUUACACACUGACCCGCAAGAAACGGUUUCUUGCUGGAAGUGUACUGAAGCUUAUGAACACGCAGAUGACUUUGCGCUUAGCUUGGGCACUCAAUCACAUUCCUGGAUUGAAAAAAGCGGCUAUGAAUGGAAAGGCAGUGUUUGGGGGUGUGGAUUGCUGGCUUUUGUACAAACUCACUGGAAAGCACAUCACUGAUGUCUCGAGUGCAUCCGCAUCAGGACUUUUUGAUCCUUUCACGAUGUGUUGGUCAGGUUGGGCCCAGAGUCUCUUCGAAAUUCCAGCGUCGAUGUUCCCCCGAAUCGUUGAUAAUGCGGGGGAUUUUGGCGAAACUCCCAGCGAAAUUUUUGGUGUACCAGUUCCCAUCAUCUGUUGCAUGGCUGAUCAGGCAGCAUCUCUAUUUGGCUCUGGCUGCUUUCACCCAGGGGACCUGAAGGUCACCAUGGGUACAGGAACUUUUCUAGACGUGAAUACGGGAUGUCAAACGCAUGCAUCGGUCGCAGGAUUAUAUCCCUUGGUUGCCUGGAAAAUAGACCAGGAAUUGGUUUACGCAGCUGAGGGUGCGUCAAAUGACACAGGAACUCUCAUUGAGUGGCUCAAAACAAUAGGUAUUAUAAAACAGCCAGAAGAAUUAUCGGAUCUGGUGCAUUCCGUAGAAAAUUCUGAUGGCGUUUAUUUCAUUCCAGCCUUCAGUGGCUUACAAGCACCAAUUAAUGAUCAGUCAGCAGCAACAGGAUUUUUAGGCGUCAAACCAACGUCUGGAAAAGCACAUAUGGCUCGAGCCGUUCUGGAAAGCAUUGUAUUUCGAAUUUUGUUGUUGUACGAGUCACUCUGUACGGAAACACGCCGAAGUUAUAGUUGCAUUAGUGUAGAUGGAGGUGUUUCCCAGAAUGACUUUGUACUGCAGUUACUCGCUGAUUUGACUGGAUUGCGAGUCGAAAGACCGUCCACCACAGAAAUAUCAAUUCUAGGAGUCACGUUUCUUGCUGGACUUCAAUGUGGUAUUUGGAAGAGUAAAGAGGAGAUCAGAGAACUUCGAAAAGUCCAGACAGUCUUUGAACCAAACAAAUCGAGGGGAAUCUUGUAUCAGUCGACAAUAAACCAGUGGAAAAGGGCGAUCGACAGAUUCCGCAAUUGGUAUUGAUAGAAACGCCCAUCGAGUACAGUUUAAUCC